GAACGUGACUCAAAAUGGCGAUGGAACAUAAGCGCUAAUUCACGAGCGGUGGUCCCAGCUCCAAUUCGUAAAUGAGUUAGUUAUUUAUAUCAAGAGAUGGAUAUUCAUCGAGAAAAAUUAGCUUUGCGAAGAAAAUAUUAUUUCAAAUCUUAACAUUGCCUGGUUUUAUUCGUGUACAUUCCUGCUUAAAUUCAGAAGGGAGAGGACAACUUCACACAGCCAUGGCGGAGGAACGUCGGCCGAAGCAGUGCACGGUCACGGUGCCCACAGAGUCCAUGAAGGCCAUGGCAGAGUCUGUGGGAGUGGGGCAGCUGCAGGAGGAAAGCUGCGCGGCCCUGAGUGAAGAAGUCAGCUACAGAAUAAAGGAAAUUGCACAGGAUGCGCUCAAAUUCAUGCAUCAUGGAAAGAGACGUAAAUUAACCACCAGUGACAUAGAUAAUGCUCUCAAACUAAAAAACGUGGAGCCGCUGUACGGGUUCCAGACCCAAGAGUUUAUUCCUUUUCGCUUUGCAAGCGGUGGUGGGAGAGAGCUUCAUUUCUAUGAGGAAAAGGAAGUCGACCUCAGUGACAUUAUUAACACGCCGCUGCCCAGAGUUCCCCUAGAUGUGUCGCUCAAAGCCCACUGGUUAAGCAUCGAGGGGGUGCAACCUUCUAUUCCAGAAAAUCCACCACCAGCACCAAAAGAGCAACAAAAGGUUGAAUCGACAGAGCCGCUCAAAGUGGUCAAACCUGGCCAGGAGGAAGAGGGCACGAUUCAUGGCAAGGGGAUGACAGCUGCUGAUGGCAAAGGAAAGGAUAAGGGUCUAAUAAGGCUGAAGCCUCGCAGCACCCAUGAGCUCUCUGUGGAACAGCAGCUCUACUACAAGGAAAUCACAGAAGCUUGUGUUGGCUCCUGUGAAGCCAAGAGAGCUGAGGCUUUACAGAGCAUUGCUACAGAUCCUGGACUGUAUCAGAUGCUUCCAAGAUUCAGCACAUUUAUCUCUGAAGGAGUCCGUGUCAAUGUGGUGCAAAACAACCUGGCUCUGCUCAUCUAUCUCAUGCGGAUGGUCAAAGCUCUCAUGGACAACCCCACGCUGUAUUUGGAGAAAUACCUGCAUGAGCUCAUCCCAGCUGUGGUGACGUGUAUUGUGAGUAAGCAGCUGUGUUUGCGACCAGAUGUGGACAACCACUGGGCUCUACGAGACUUCGCCGCUCGCCUCAUGGCCCAGAGUUGUAAAACCUUCAGCACAACAACCAACAACAUCCAGUCCCGAAUCACCAAGACUUUUACGAAGAGUUGGCUGGAUGACAAAACCCAGUGGACGACACGUUACGGCUGCAUCGCUGGACUGGCUGAACUCGGGCCGGAUGUCAUCAAGACGUUGAUCCUUCCUCGGCUUACUGUAGAGGGUGCUCGCAUCAAAGCUGUGAUGGAAGGACCGGUGGUCUCUAAUAUUGAUAAAAUAGGAGCUGACCACGUUCAAAGCCUCUUACUGGUAAUAAAAUGU